UUAGCUUCUCUUACUCUAUUCUUCUCUGCUAAACAUGGCUCUUAGGUUUCUUUUGGUCGCCAUUGGCGUUAUGGCUUUGGCAUCUUCAUUUGCCAAUGCAUCAGAUCCCGAUCCUUUGCAGGAUUUUUGUGUUGCAAUUGAUGAUCCCAAGGAUGUUUUGUUCGUGAAUGGAAAGUUUUGCAAGAAUCCGGAUGAUGUCAAUGCUGAUGACUUCCUUUUUCGGGGCCUUAAUAAGCCUGGAGACACGUCAAAUCCGCUUGGUUCUAAGGUCUCAACCGUGAAUGUGGCCAAUAUAACAGGUCUAAAUACUCUCGGCAUUUCAUUGGCUCGUAUUGAUUUUGCACCCUAUGGUCUGAAUCCUCCUCACACCCACCCUAGAGCAACUGAAGUCCUUGCUGUCUUGGAGGGCACCCUCUACGUUGGGUUCGUUCUUUCUAACCCACCACCAGGAAUGAAGAACAAGCUUUUUACAAAGACAUUAUAUCCCGGAGAUGUUUUUGUAUUCCCAGAAGGUCUCAUUCAUUUCCAAUUCAACAUAGGAAAAACUCAAGCUGUUGCAUUUGCUGGUCUGAGUAGCCAAAAUCCAGGAGUGAUUACUAUUGCCAAUGCUGUCUUUGGUUCUGAUCCACCAAUCAAUCCUGAUGUUCUCACUAAAGCUUUCCAAGUUGAUGACAAAGUGAUUCAAUAUCUUCAAUCACAAUUUUGGUAUGACAACAACUAGAAUUGAAUUAAGCUGGUACACAUUGAAGGUUCUUCCUUCACUAGAUACAUAAUUAUUAAUAUUAAUAAAUAAACCACCCUAGCUAUGGCCUAUGGUGCGCUUAUAAACUCAUACAUACUGAAUGUUAUAAUUGAGAUAUUAUCUCAUACUGUAUUUGUUAUUUUGACUUUGUGUGGAAGUAUACGUGUAUUGUCUA